CUCGAUAAACAUUAAACACAUUAAACGCGCGGUAAAAUGAUAAGAUUGGUGGGGCUGUUUUUAAUUUGUUGCUUAGACAUAAGUUUUGGCUCGGAACACAGUACAGAAUCACCAAAUUCAUUAGGAUUACAAGGAUAUUCGAAGAAUAAUACAAAAGAUGGAUUAACAAAGAGAGGAAUACAGGUGGAAAAUUUGUCAAGGAAAAGCUAUGAUCCCCCACCGGAGUAUUACAGGGGAUCUGCAUCAUCCUUGAGGCCGUCUACUAACUACAACAGCAACAAGAACAACGACAGAGACAAUAUUGUAGCUGAGUAUUCAUCCCGACCAGUUGCAUUCCCGCAAGAAAAUUAUGGAUUCAAAGGCAGCAGCAGUGGGAGUUGGUCCAAUACUGGUCAACACGAACGCAAAGGACAACAUGACAGGAUAAGUGUGGAGCAUUAUGGAACAGCUUCAGGUCAUUCGGGAUAUGGAGAAGGCUCAAAUCAUGGGUAUAGCAGCAACUCAGGUGCACACCCCUACGGACCACCCCAAGCUAUUGAAUAUGAAUAUUAUACUCCCACUACCAAUAGCCAUGGAUAUUCCGAAGGAGGUGAAGGAAUUCCAGUAGAACUAUACAACAGAGGAUACGGUGGCUAUGGACAUGCCGGCGAAUACGCCACCUAUGCCGUACACCCUAGUCACCACGCUGCUGGUGGAGUGGAGGCCCAUGGGGGACACGUUGAAGUUGGCCCUUCGCAUGGAAAGCAUGGCUAUGACAAGGCGCUCUUGGCUAAGAGUUUUUUAAUCCCACUAGCAAGUGCUGCAGUUCUAGGUAUAGCCGCUGCUCUCGCCAGUAAUCCACUUCUAUUACAACUCGGAACGGUGUCUGGCAUUGGUAAGCGAAAGAAAAGGGAACUGGAUGAGAAACUAGUGAUGCAUUCUAGAGCUUAUCGUUACCGUUCGCACAGGAGGAAUUAAUAAUAAGCUGUGUUCCAGUCGUUUGUGCUUUUAUUAUGUUCCGAAAUAAAUUCAAUUGAA